UUUAUUGAGAGAAGACUAGGGACAACUUUUGGUAGUGAAGAUGAGACAAAAACCUUAAACCCUAAUUAUCAUAACCCAACACCCCAAAAUAAACGUUAUCUUAAACCUUAAAAUUCCCAACAACAAAAAUCAUCAAAAAAAAAUCCAACAACCAUAUCAUCAUGUCUGAAUUAGACGACAUUGAUUUCGACCUAGACGAUUUCCCAUCUACAACCCCACUUAAAAAAGUCCCUUACGGCGACAUUUUCGAAGCCUCACGCGCCGGCGACAUUUCCAGGCUUAGAUACUUAAUAGAAUCCGGUAUCAAUGUCAACGCGCGUGACCAAUGGGAUUCAGUUGCGUUAUACUACGCUUGUUUAGCUGGUCAUCUUGAUGCUGCUAAAAUGUUGUUGGAAAAUGGUGCGAUUUGUUCUGAACAUACUUUUGAUGGUGAUAGAUGUCAUUAUGCUGCUUUGAAUUUGAAUGUUAGGAAGCUUUUGAAAGCGUUUGAAGCUCGUCCGCCCCCGUUGGGACCGUUGGCUAGCGAUUUGAGGGAAACGUUUCUCGGGUAUCAACAACAGUUUGCAGGUGAUUUAUCUAGUGGAGGAACCAGUCCUAGCUAUUUCCCACCAGAUGUUGUAUUUUAUCUCCAUGGAAGACCUAUUGAAGCUCAUAGAGUAAUCUUGAGUGCUCGAUCACCUUAUUUUAAGAAAAAGUUUGAGACUGAUUGGAGGGAUCGUAGAGAAAUAAGAUUUUCAAGAGAAAAACUAUCUUAUCCUGCAUUUUACAGCCUUAUUCACUUCUUUUACUCUGACAGACUCGAGAUUGCUGUGGAUGAUAUGGAAGAUCUUGUGAGAAUUUGUAAAGUUUGUAAGUGUGAAUCAUUACAAAGAGUUAUAGAAAAAGAAGUGUCACAUCAAAAAUAUGCAGACUAUAAAUCAUUACAAGAAAUAGAUAAUUCGCAAAGAAGAUAUAUUUUACAGGGAAGUUCUCUUCCUGAGGAUGAUCGUCUUCCUGCCUCCUUGUCGUGUCUUCUUCAAAUAUGUCUUGCUAAUUCUGUUAGAGAACAGAAUGAUCUUGUGUCACGAAUAGGGUCAUUGAAAAUAAGUGCUUUUGAGGAUGAUCUUGCAGAUGUUUGUAUAAAAGUUGGUGACAAGAUUUUUCGUUGCCAUCAAGUUAUCUUGGCUUCAAGAUCGGAAUACUUUAAAACGAGAUUAUCCCGCAUGGAGGAUUUUUUUGAAGGAAAGCAUAGGUUACCAGAUUACAAUCUGCCACUUCUGGAAGAACGUGAUCUUAGCAUGGAAGCUUUUGAGAAAAUGGUAGAAUACAUGUACACCGACUGUUUAAAAGAUAUUGAUCCUGAUCAGGCUGAAGAAAUGUUUGAUGCUGCUUCAAGAUAUCUAUUAUUUCCUCUUAAGCGCGCAGUGGCUGAUGCUCUACUGCCUCAUCUAGAAAUGGUUCCUCUUGCAGAAUUGUGCCACUGGUUGAUUUCAUCGGACAUGUAUGGCGUUUCAAAGAUUCGAGAAUAUUGUCUGGAUAUUAUAGCUUGCAACUUCGAGGCAUUUGCAGAUACUCGGGAAUUCAGAGCGAUCCUUCUAACAUUGCCACCACCAUCUGGAGAUUCAUCACUUCGUACUACUGUUCCAAGUGCUCCUGGAGCAGAAAUGAAGAUGACAGAGGGGAAUGUUCUAGAUGAUUUGCGUGAGAAAUGGCUGGAGGCUGAAGCCGGAGAACUUGAUACAAGAGAUGAGAGUGCUUUACUUUUUGACAAACGGCUUCAGAUGCUAAUGCAUAUGGCAGAACAAGAGCAAUUUCUUGAAUGAUGCUUGUUCUGGAUCAUCUGUUUUUGCAUCAAAUCAACCAAUAGAGAAUAGUGUACAUGUAAUUUUCUUUUCUUCCAUACGUUUUUUGCGUGGAUUCAAAUAGCUCUUCACAAUGUGGAAACACAUUGAAUUUGACUUGUCAAUUUUUCUUAUAGAUCCAUACUUAAAAUAG